UCCGUGAUCACAGCUGGUAACAAAGCCCGCCGCCGCUCACCAUGCCCGACGGCUCAGCUGGUCCCUCGCGCCAGCCCACAUUCGACACCCUCAAGCGCGAGAAGCUCUUCAGACAUCCUCCGAGGGACAGCGCGAGCUACAAUAUCCUCAACGAGUUUGUCGCGCCGCAUCUUGAGUCCUUCAAUGCAUUGUUCGACGACUCGGGACUGCCUUCGGGUGAUGGUGACGGCCGCGGACUGCUGAGCCUCGGGAUAGAAGAGAUCGGGGAGCGCGUCGUCUUCGAUGGGGACGGCCGCCCGGAGUCCGAGCACGGAGCGACUGGGUGGGGGAACCGUAUGCGAAUAUGGAUCGACUCCGUCAACAUUGCAAGACCCAUGCUGUCCGACCGCGAGACCUUCUCCAAACAACGCAAGAUCUUCCCCACAGAGGCGCGCGAACGCCUUACCUCCUACCGGGGGCGGAUGACUAUGAAGAUCUGCUGGACGGACUCGCACGGAAAUAAGAAUGACAUGGUCAAGGAGUGUGGGCUCGUACCAAUCAUGGUUCGCUCCGUGCGGUGUAACCUCCGGGGCAUGUCCUCGGCCCAGCUCGUCGCACAUCGCGAGGAAGCUGAGGAGUUCGGCGGCUACUUCGUCAUAAACGGCAACGAGCGCUUAAUCCGCUACCUCAUUCUCCCCCGCCGCAACCAUGUCAUCUCCCUCCUCCGACCCUCCUUCGCAAAUCGUGGUCCCUCCUACACACCUCACGCUGUCCAAAUACGAUGCGUCCGCCCCGACCAGACGAGUGUUACGAACACACUGCACUACCUCUCAAACGGCAUGGCCAUGCUGCGCUUUAGCUGGCGGAAGCAGGAGUAUGUGAUCCCAAUCAUGCUUAUCCUGAAGGCGCUCGUCGGCGCGUCGGACAAGGAGAUCUUCGAGGGUGUCGUGAUGCAGGACUUCGAGAACACGUUCUUGACCGAUCGCGUCGAGCUGCUACUGCGUAGCUUCAAGGCCUACACUAUGCGCACUGGGAAUCAAUGCUUGGAAUACCUUGGCGACCGCUUCCGUGUCGUGCUUAACCUCCCGGAGGACUGGACGAACCUUGCAGUUGGCACCUGGCUGGUGAACAAGAUGGUUUUGGUGCACCUGCCCACACCUCGUGAGAAGUACAACAUGUUGCUGUUCAUGCUGCGCAAGCUGUACGCAUUGGUGUCCGGCGAAUGCUGUGCGGACAAUCCUGAUUCACCUCAACAUCAAGAAGUCCUUUUACCUGGCACGCUGUACGGCAUGAUCAUCAAGGAGCGCUGCGAAGAGGUUCUCAAUGGAAUCCGGGCGGGCAUUAUGAGCGACGUCCGCAACGGGGUUGUCGUCGAUUUUAACGAUAAACGCUACAUGACGAAAGUGAUGUCGAAAGUUAGCUUCGACAUCGGCGCCAAACUCUCCAAUUUCCUCGCCACGGGCAACCUCGUCUCCCCAACUGGCCUCGAUCUGCAACAAGCAUCCGGCUUCACUAUCGUCGCCGAGAAGCUCAAUUGGCAGCGAUACAUAAGUCACUUCCGCUGCAUCCAUCGUGGUGCUUUCUUCGCCGAGCUCAAGACGACGACGGUCCGCAAGCUACUACCCGAGGCCUGGGGCUUCCUCUGUCCCGUGCAUACGCCAGAUGGUUCGCCAUGUGGUUUGCUCAAUCACUUGUCGCGUACAUGUCGGAUUACUACGACCCCGCUCAUCGUUGCACAUAUCCCUGCCCUCCUUGCCGCCCAUGGCAUGACCCAGCCGUUUGCAGGACGCAUCAAUGGACGCACAAAUAUCUGCGUGCAGCUGGACGGUCGCGUCAUUGGUUGGGCACGGCCUGCAGUCGCACAGCAGCUCGCAAACAACCUACGAAUAUGGAAGACGGAGGGGAUGCACGAAGUGCCGAUGGAUCUCGAGAUCGGUCUGGUGUUGGAGUCGAAGGGCGGCCAAUACCCUGGCUUGUUCUUGUUCUCGUCGCGGUCAAGGUUCAUGCGGCCGGUCAAGUACUUGCCGAAUGGACGCGACGACCAGGUCGGUUCGUUCGAGCAGGUGUACAUGAACAUCGCAUGUUUGCCUGAGGAGAUUGAGCCGGGCGUGACAUCGCAUGUCGAGCAUAACCCCACCAACUUCCUCUCCAUCCUCGCCAACAUGACGCCCUUCUCCGACUUCAACCAAUCCCCGCGUAACAUCUACCAGUGUCAGAUGGGUAAACAAACCAUGGGUACCCCAUCGACCGCCAUCAACCACCGCACGGAUAACAAGCUGUACCGCCUGCAAACAGGCCAAAGCCCCAUCGUCCGCCCCGCCCUCCACAACACCUACGCCAUGGACGCCUUCCCCAACGGCACCAACGCCAUCGUCGCCGUCAUCUCCUACACCGGUUACGACAUGGAGGACGCGAUGAUCCUCAACAAGUCCGCGCACGAGCGCGGCUUCGGCUACGGCACCGUCUACAAGUCCGCAAUUAUCGACCUGAAGGACCAGAAGGGCGCGACGAAGUCCUCGUCCGCACCGACGUUGCACUUCGGGCUGGGGAAGGACAUAAGGAGGACGGGGGAUAAGGCGCAUGCGUGCACGGAGUUUGUUGGGGAGGAUGGGCUGCCGCUUGUGGGUGUGAAGCUGACCGCGGGCGAUCCGAUGGCGGCGUUCAUCAACGACGUGACUGGGCGGACACAAUUUCAGAAGUACAAGGGCGAUGAGACGGCCUAUGUCGACCAGGUCCGAUUGCUCGGUGGCGACAACGGCGACACGGAGCUGCAGAAGAUCCAGGUCACUCUUCGUAUCACUCGUUCGCCCGUCAUUGGCGACAAGUUCUCGUCGCGACACGGGCAGAAGGGUGUCUGCUCGCAGAAGUGGCCCGCGGUCGACAUGCCGUUCAGCGAGAGUGGUAUGCAGCCGGAUGUCAUCAUCAACCCUCAUGCCUUCCCCAGUCGAAUGACCAUCGGCAUGUUAGUCGAGAGUAUGGCGGGCAAGGCGGGUGCGAUGCAUGGGUUGGCGCAGGAUGCGACACCGUUCAAGUUCUCGGAAGAGGACACGGCGGUCGACUACUUCGGCAAGCAGCUCCUCGCAGCCGGUUACAACUACUACGGGAAUGAGCCCAUGUACUCGGGCAUCACUGGCCAGGAGUUCGCCGCCGACAUCUACCUGGGCGUGGUCUACUACCAGCGUCUUCGUCACAUGGUGUUGGACAAGUUCCAAGUCCGUACGACUGGUCAGGUCGACCCGCUCACGCGGCAACCCGUCAAGGGUCGUAAACGCGGUGGUGGUAUCCGUCUGGGUGAGAUGGAGCGUGACGCGCUCAUCGCCCACGGAACGUCCUUCCUUCUUCAAGACCGCCUCAUGAACUGCUCCGACUACUCAACCGCCUGGGUCUGCCGCACCUGCGGCAGCCUCAUCUCCCUCGGCUACGACGACGUCGCUCUUGGCGAGCGCGUCCUCGGCAAGGACGCCUCCUUCCGACCCUCCGGCCCCGGCGGCGAGUACUGCAGAGUAUGCCGCAAGGCCGCGGAGGAAGAGGAGGAGCGUGCGAGGCAAAACGCUGCGGCCCCCACGGACGACGCGCCAAGACGGCCGGCAGCGGACGUGCGGGUGGCGAUCCCGUCGCAGAAUGUUCUGGGGACGGCUAAAAAGGGCGGCGACCUGGAUGUGGUCGCUGUCCCGUAUGUAUUUAGGUAUCUGUGCGCCGAGUUGGCGUCUAUGGGUAUCGGCGUAUCGUUAGAGGUGCAGUAGUCACUUCGCACAUUCUGUUGUACUCUUUGCAUAUCUCAUCCGCUUGUUGUUUGU